AUGUCACGCCCGUAUGGAAAGAAGGGCUACACCCUUCACAACCGCAGCAACUUUAGCGGUGGCGGCAUUCUUGGCAAUGGCAACAGCAAAGGUGCCUUUGGCAGCGGCAAUGGCGGUCGUGGCGGCGGCAGCGGUCGUGGCGGUCGCGGCAGCGGCGGUGGUGGUCGCUUCAGCCCCCACCACGGCGGCGGCAGUCGUAGCAAUAACCAUAGCGAGAAUAACAACAGCGGCAGCAGCGGCGGUGCUGACGUGAUGAAAGUGCUUCUCUCUCUUCUCUUCGAGAAGUCGUACAGCCACAUCUUCAACGACGCAAACGGCCUGCUGAACUUGUCCAACACUCGCGCCAGUCCCGACCUCGAGCCGGUGCAGAAGCGCGUAGACUACAACAGCGUCGCGUUCUGCAAGGUGCUCGCGGAGGUGCUUCGCGAGAAGUUUGCCGACCGUAUCCGUGUGCUGCAGCUGGACGACAACAGCAUCCGUCAGUUCAAGGUGUUCCUCACUGCGUUGGCAGACGCUGACAUUCACCGCGGUAUCACAGCCAUCUCUGCGCGCAACAACCACAUCAACGACCUCUCUUUCGUCAGCGGGCUGAAGCGCUACGACGGCCUCAACGAGGUUCUCCUCACUGGCAACCCCGUCGCAAACCAAAAGGACUACUCCACCCGUCUUAGCCGCGACCUACCGCGACUAAACAUGAUCGACGGCAUCGCUGUGGACCGGGCUCUGCUGCGCCUCCCCAACCCGGUCAACUCAGCCCCGCCGUCGCAGCAGCAGCUCAGCGUCCUGCAUUACCUUGAGCAGACAAUGUUUCAGUCCAUGGCCUCACGCAACUAUGACGCCAUCACCUACCUGUACGGCUCUCAGUUCUCAGCACUGUCCAUCAGCCGCGGCCCGGAGCCGCUGCCCCAGCGCGUGCCCGCCAGCGCGGUGCUCAACACUGGUGACCUGGAGAAGCAGCUGCGCAACCAGAUGCAGGCCGACUUUUCCAAGCUGCGCUCGAGCCAAGAUUUCCGAAACCUUGCCACGGACAGUGCGGGCUCGAUGCGGAACAUCGCCAAGGGCCCGCAGGAGAUUGUCUCUAAGCUGCGGAACAUGUGCGGCGGAGACAAAUGCAUGUCGGUGGAUAUCGAGUUCAACCCAAACUUCAACAUGGUGAUGAUGGACCAGAGCUACCACACGCGCGUGCCUGUAUGCGUGGUAACAGUGCACGGUAAGAUGCGCUACCUCUGGAACCCGAUCCAGCCGGAGACACUGCAGCCUACUUUCCCUGCCGGAAAGGCUCCCAUGAUCUCCACGUUCUUCGACCGCACCCUGGCUUUGACGUGGGACAGCAUCACGAGCACGUGGUCGAUCGCGAACGACAUGGUGCUGAUGCGCCCGGACCGCGCUGUCGUGCACGACGAUGGGACCCCGAGCAACCCGCUCUUCUUUGCUAACACCCCGGCGCGUAUUGAGCAGAUGCGCCGGCGCCUGAUGCCCGGCAUCACCCCCGAUGUCAUGGCUGUCAUCGUCAACGCCACCAGCUCGGACGAAGAGGUAAAACAGGCGAUUAUGCAGCUGCUCAUGCUGCCACAAGAUCAGCUGCAAGCCGUGGCGAGUGAUGCAGAGGCAGCGAAGCGUGCCCUGGGAUUGUAG